CUGUCUAUCAGUGUGCCAUCAGUAGUUAGCCAUCAUGGGGCUAAUCAGAGACUCUCUCGUUGUACAGUUUUUAAUCCUUUCUGUUGUCAAGCUUUGUUGGACUGGCAAUGUGUUCCUCAACAACCAGGAAGCAUCCUCUGUGUUGAAUCGAAUUCGGCGAGCCAACAGGUUCUUAGAAGAAGCAAAAUCUGGAGAUUUAGAGCGAGAAUGUAUCGAGGAAUACUGUGAUCAUGAAGAGGCCCGUGAAGUGUUUGAGGAUGACCAGGCAACAGAGAAAUUUUGGGUCACUUAUGAGGUAUGUGUUGCUGAUAACGAAGGCAGUUCCCCUCCAGAUCACCUGAAGAAAUGUCUAGAUGGAGAAUGCUAUCAAGGGAUUGGCUCCCAUUACAAGGGCAAUGCUGCAAUGACUGUGUCUGGGAGGCAGUGUCAGAGCUGGUCAAGUAACUACCCACACAAACCGAAAUACAAUCCAGAUACACACAACCAGUCUGACCUUAUAAAUAACUACUGCCGAAAUCCAAGUGACAGUAACAUGGGGCCGUGGUGCUACACUAAGGACCCAACAGUCCAAAUGGAAGCAUGUUACGUUCCACGCUGUGGUGAAGAAUUGCCACCAUUACCAACAAAACCACCAGUGUCAGUACCACUUAGCUCUUGUGUUCCAAAUCAGGGAGUGGACUACAGAGGAACACAGAAUGUAACUAGACGUGGAAAACAGUGCCAGUUCUGGAACUCACAGUACCCCCACAAGCACAAUUUUACCAGAGAGGAAAUGAUAUUAGCAAAUCUAGAAGGAAAUUACUGCAGAAAUCCAGAUGGGGAUGAAGAUGGUGCAUGGUGUUUCACCACUGACCCAGCAGUGGAAAUCGAUUACUGCAACCUUGAUUACUGUGAUGACCUUAUAGAUAUAUUUGAAGAACCACCAGAGGAAGAAAUAGAGGAGGAAAGUGAGAGAACUGGUCGAACAACAGGUUCUGGGUACACAACUUCCUUCAAUCCUAAAUUUUUUGGUGAAGGAGAGAGUGAAUGUGGUCUGAGAGCAUUAUUUGAACGCAGGAACAAGGAAGAUGAAGGAGAAAAGGAAAUGCUGGAGUCCCUUAAAGGUCGAAUUGUGCACGGAAAGAAUGCUGAAAUAGGGAGUGCCCCAUGGCAAGUGAUGCUGUUCCGUAAAAGUCCGCAGCAGAUGCUGUGUGGCGGCAGCCUAGUGAGUGACCAGUGGAUUAUUACAGCAGCCCACUGUAUCUUGUAUCCUCCAUGGGACAAAAACUUCACAGAGAAAGAUAUUCUUGUCCGUCUUGGGAAGCACAAACGAGCUGGGUAUGAAAAAGAAACAGAAAAAAUCUUUGCACUUGAUAAAAUUAUUGUUCAUCCCAGAUAUGACUGGAAAACAAACCUUAACCGUGAUAUUGCAUUGUUGCAUUUGAAAAAACCCACCGUAUUCACUGACUAUAUAUCACCCAUCUGUCUGCCAACCAUGGAAGUCACCCGCAGGUUACUAUACAAGCAGCACUUGGGUCGGAUCACAGGUUGGGGAAACCUGCAGGAAAGCUUUGUCAAUACAGCAUCCAAUAGACCUAAGGAACUGCAGUAUGUCCAGCUUCCCAUCAACACACAGCAGACCUGUAAUUUAUCCACAAAUAUUCCUCUUACUAAAAACAUGUUCUGUGCUGGUCACAGUGUGGAAUCUGGCCUGCGUGGAGAUGCCUGUGAGGGAGACAGCGGGGGCCCCUUUGUGAUGAAGAAUCCGGGCAAUAAUCGAUGGUACCUGAUGGGCAUCGUCUCCUGGGGAGAAGGAUGUGACCGGGAUGGGAAAUAUGGAUUCUACACUCAUGUAUUUAGGUUUAGAAGGUGGUUGAUGAAAGCUAUAAAGACCAAGAUACCUUCAUAGGGGGGUUAAAAUUGUAAUGUCCUAUUUUAAAGAGGACAUAGGCAUUUUCUGAUGUCCACUGCAGAAGUUAAGAAUAAAUGUUGAUCAAUGAUUCUAUCAUUAGUUGAAUUAAUUUUCAACAUGUUAAUGAAAUAAAGCCAAAGUAUUACUGAUA